AUGGAGUUCGGUGAUAGCGUCUUAAUCAGUGGCGGUUUCCAAGAUACCUCUCUCAAGUUCAAACCAAAAAGAAUAAUACUGUGUUGUGACGGAACAUGGCAGUCCUCGGUCUCAAAUGUCACCAAUGUUCCUUCCAAUGUCACCCGCAUCGCUCGUUACCUCGCCAGAGGUGGUCGAGACCGUGAUGGAAAGGAAUGGGAGCAAGCCGUCUUCUAUGACGCUGGCAUUGGCACUGGUGUGUCUGAUCUAGAAGCCAAACGCGAGGGUGGUACUGGUUCUGGUUUCGUUGGAAAUGUCAUUGAGGCAUACAAUUUCAUCGUCCUGAACUAUAACCUUGGAGACCAGAUCUUCUGUGUUGGCUUCUCUCGUGGCGCUUACACAGCGCGUGCAGUCGCCGGUCUCGUCACAGAUAUCGGAGUCAUCCACCCAAGAGACAUGCAGGACUUCCCAGAGCUCUAUCGCCUAUAUCAGGCUCAUGAGGAUAGCCACAUGUUCAGAAAGUCCAAAGCAUGGCGAGAAUGGAUCGAAGGCAAGCCACUGUUUGAUCCGAGUCAGAAAAAUCUUCCCCCUGAGUGGAAAAGAUCACCCUUUGCGUGGGAGAAAAGGCCACAUGCUUCAGCUCCUGAAUCAUCUCGAUGGGUAGAAGCGGUAGCCGUUUUUGAUACCGUCGGCAGUCUUGGUGUCCCCGAAGUCGUGGGCUGGAAGGGAUACUUGGUCCGUCCAUUGGUUAGUUUGGCUCAAAAGCUCGGAGUUCCGGUUGAGAAGGCUGGAUUUCACAAUGUCGGCCUCAGUCCUUAUAUCAAACAUGCCUACCAUGCCCUCGCACUCGAUGAACAUCGGAAACCUUUCGGACCAACCUUGUGGCACUACCUUGAGAGUGACACCACCCCAAAGUCUGAUGCAAAGGCGUCUGAACUGAGAGAGAGCUGGAAAAAACUUCACAAGGACGACAAUGCGACAGAGAAGCAGCUUGAUGCAGCCUGGCACGAGCUCAUUGAUGCCGAGAUGCGCGAAGAGUUGAACGGUCAUCGUUCUACUCUGCUUCAGGUUUGGUUUCCCGGAGUGCACAUCAAUGCAGGCGGUGGUAGCAGCGAGCUACUCACCACGAAGAGAGAUGAUUUCGAACAGAUGGCGAUGGUAUCACUUAGCUGGAUGAUGGAGCAACUGCGACGUCAUCUCGACUUCGAGCUCAGUACCAAUACUCUCAUGGCAUGGGAUAGGUUCCAGCUCAUCAGACCACAGAUUGAUGAUCUGCUCAAACACAACAGCUCUCACUGGCUCACAAAAGAGGUCAAUGCUCGCCUUGCCAAGCAACCGAAGGAAGAUCUCUGGAAUGACGGUAAUAAAACCAGGUCUCUCAACAUUGCAGCAGAAGUUCUCAAGUCUUGGGCCACAGGUCCGAUCAUCGACAGCUUUGAGGGCGAGAUGAAAGCCACGGGAUCGGAAACCAGGACUCCAGGGAAUUAUCGAAGCCGAAGUCCCGGACAAUCGGCAGCAUUCAGGCUGGGAUCCACCAAUGAACAGAUACACCCCAGUAUUACAUACAGAAUGGAGAAGCUCGGGGCGAAAUACAAGCCUGAAGCACUCGCCGACUUCAAGCGCCAAUCAAAGAAAGACAGCAAGGGCCAUGUGACUUACGAGUGGGUUAACAAGGAGAUUCGCAUCCCCGAAUACAAAAUCCGCCCAGAAAUGGCGGACGAUAGCGUCGCCCCCGUGUUUGACACGAAAACCGGGUUCCUCAUAGAUGACUCUCUUGAUCGGUUCGAACGCUUGCUGAUCAGUGGCGAUGCAUCGGCAUAUGCUUUCAUCGGUAAACUUGACAAAGAGUAUGGGUACAAUUCAUGGGCAGCCAUUCAGCAGGACCCGAAUCGUGCUGUCAAGCAGCCUAAUGUGGAGCACGAGAACCAAGGGUUCAACCCUGCGAAUGCUGGAUUUUAA